UGAUCUCACGCUGAGGCCCUGGAGGGGUCGCCGCCGAGGUUUCCACCAGCCCGCAAGCAAGAGCAUGGCAGCCAUCCCCUCCAGCGGCUCGCUCGUGGCCACCCACGACUACUACCGGCACCGCCUGGGCUCCACUUCCAGUAACAGCCCCUGCGGAAGUGCCGAGUCCCCCCGGGAAGCCAUCCCCCACCACCCGGGUCUCCCCAAAGCAGACCCGGGACACUGGUGGGCUAGCUUCCUCUUCGGGAAGUCCACUCUCCCGUUCAUGGCCACAGUGCUGGAGUCCCCAGAGCACUCGGAGUCUGCCCAGGCCUCCACCAGCACGAUCACAUGUGACCUGGCUCGGGAAGCUGUGGGGAAGCAGCAGCCCAGCGGCCAGCCUGGCAAAACCAACUGCAGGCCCCCGUCCUGAGUGACCACCACCAGCUGCCAGGCUUCCUUUCAAGGCGCUAGGCUCAUCAGAGCCCUCUUCCUCCCCCUGCCCUGUACCCUCCCUUCCCCUCCUCUCCCCAAGACCAAGCAGGCUACAGUCAAGGGAAGCAGCUCACUUUUUAAUAUCAAAACAGCAAAACACCAAAAAGGAAGUUGAGAGAAUCCCACUCUCUGCUAUCCGAGCCACACGAACGCGCCUUCCUCACACCCAUGACCCUGUGCCUUGCACCAAGUGGACAAUAAACUCCAGGAGUGAGCAAAAAAAAAAAAAAAA